UUAAUGUUUAAAGAUUAAAAUACAUUUUAUUUUGUCCAAAAGCUAACACUCAUGAAUCUCACUGAUAAAACUCAUCCUUGUAGCUGCUGAAAUCUUUUUUUUUGAAUUACAGCUUUAUCUUCAAAAAAAAAAAAAUUGCCGGGAAAAUGGAGCUCCAUGGGCACAGAGGUUCAAAUCCUAAGGUUGUUCUUGCAUCCCUGUUGAACAAAAGAGAAAAGCUUCAAGAAGAACUACGAAAUGUUGAAAAACAAGUUUAUGAGCUAGAGACGAGUUAUUUGCAAGAAUCGGGCACAUUUGGGAAUGCGUUAAAAGGCUUUGAAGGAUUUCUAUCAACAUCGAAUAAGAAUUCGAACCUCAAAAGGUCAAGAAAAUUCCAGCUUGAAGAUAGGUUAUUCUCAUUGUCUUCAGUCACUUCACCGGCGGCGGAAGAGCUUGGACUUGGACGUGAAGAUGGAAGACCAGAUCCUACUCAAGGUCGAAUGAGGGGUGGAGCUUUUGCAAAUAAUGGACAGGGUAAACCAAAGAAGGGAAGAACAGGACCACGAGAUGGAAAGAAGUUCCGAAUAUCAAAUGACUUGGAUCUUGACGAUGAAGAUGAUCCAGACUCAAUCUUGAGAUAGCUAUCUCUAACUUUAUAUCAAGAACUGUGUGUUGUUGUCUGUUGUACCAUAGUCGAUUCAAUAAAAUCGUAUAUAACAACUAUGUAUGCAGCUGAUUAAUUUCGAGCUCACUAAGUUAUUUGGUUCCAAAAACUUCCCUUGACAAAGUACAUGCUUUGAGUUUUGUUGUACAGUAACAUAAUUUGACAAAGAACAAAGGGUUUCAAGUGUUCAUAUUCUUUGGAUUUCGCCA